AUGGAAUAUUCUGUAAAGGAAAUUGUUAAAUCUCAAAUUCAAAUGUCACUUAAAGUUUUAAGGAUGUAUGACUGGUUGUUAGAUUUUUAUGUUUUGGAUUUCUUCUUCGAUAACCACUGGGAAAAGCUACCGAAGUCGUGGCGCGACAGUUUUAAAAAUAUAGAUAUACAACAUUUGGGAGAAAUACUAUCGAACAAACCACCAAAACAGCUGUUGCCGUUAUCAUUCCUUGCUUUAAUCAAAUCUGUACAAGCUCUCAGCGUUCCGAGACAAAAUAUUUCCAGUAAUACAAAACAAAGUGGAGGAAACUUAGAUACAUGUAAAUAUCACCCAAGAUUAAAGAAUCUCUUUCUCAAACAUGUCAAACUUAAGAAGAGACACGAAAUAAGCUUGAUGGCGGAUGUCGUUGUCAAUACAGCAGUACAAACAGGUUGUAAUGCAGUUGUAGACUUUGGCUCUGGUCUAGGCCACUUAUUGCGAGUGUUAGCAUAUAGAGAAGAUUUAUUUGCUGCUGGCAUUGAGUGCCAGAGUCAACUGACACAGGAGGCUAGAAAACUAGACUUGGAAUUGGAAUACACAGUCGCAAAACAUCUUUCAUCUGAAGCUGUAUCAAAACUGAAGCAGCCUUUACAUUUCAAUGUCACAUUAUCCAGCCACCAUCAAUUACGGGAACUAGCUCUACCAGACAGCAUGUCUACCUAUGGCUUAAUAGGCUUACAUCCCUGUGGGAACUUAGGUCCUUUGCUGUUGAAACAUUUUGUUGAGUCAGACCAUGUCAAUUUUAUAUGUGUGGUAGGCUGUUGUUAUAUGAAACUGACUGAUGAAGGGUAUCCUAUGAGUGUCUAUGCUCAGAGUCUGGAUAGUAAACUCUCUUUUGCUAGUAGGGAGAUAGCUUGCCACGCUAUUGAGGUGUACUGUGAGAGAUUGAGAGAAGGAAAUUAUAAGGAUUUAAAGAUUCAUGCUUACAGGGCAGCUUUAGAAAGGAUUCUGGUUGAACUAGACCCUAAACUACGUCAUGCGCCUGUUAGGAGCAUCAAGCAUUCUGACGCCAUGACUUUUGAAGAAUACUGUGCCUUAGCUGUAGAACGGUUGAACCUAGAUCUACCGAAGUCACCAGAUGUCUGGUCCCGCGGCAACAGCGACCUGGAACAAUGGCGCAGAGUUGUGGUCGUGUACACGUUACGGCUCAUGCUCGCGCCCCUCGUAGAAACAGUUGUGCUUCUUGAUAGAAUGUUAUAUGUUAUCGAGAGAGGACUUACCUGCGAGAUUCGGCCUGUGUUCGACCCGAAAUUGUCACCGAGAAAUCAUAUUAUAAUAGGCAGAAGAUGA